CUGUUCCUUCUGUUCGUAUGUGCAUGAAUCGUGAUGCGGAUCGAUAAUGACAUCGGAGCAGCAAACCAAAACUGAUAUACAUAUAGAGUGGAUUGAGUGAAAAAAAAAUAUGGAGGUUCAACAACAAAAUCAGCCAUCAUCCAUAAACGUAUCGUGUAUGCUGUGAAAAAUUGUUGUGUCGUAUGUGAAUUUAUGUGAAAUUUCGUGAAAAAUUGCUCGCUACGACCGAACAAUGUGGUGCACAACCGAAUAAAUUGUGUAAAAGUGUUGUUAUUGUGACAGUGCGAACGAGCGCAAUUAAAUGGGAAGAAAAUUUUUCGGAAUUGUCGACAGAAAAAGUGCACGCAGAUGGUGAGGAAUAUCUUCAAAAAGUGAAUUUUUCGUGAGAACCAAACAGAUCUUGUGCAAACAAAUACCAAAGAUAUACAACAAAGAAAAGUCAAAUUAAAUUUAAACACAGUCAUUGAACACAUACAACAACCAAAAUGAAUCAAGCAACGUACAUUGGAACGGAAACAAUCGAAAUGAUUGAAGAUGAUCAAAUCGAUGGAAUGACAGAUGAUGAUGAUGAUGAUGGGCCAAGCAGCCCGGAGAGUGCAUACGAUGGCGAUUUAAUGCAUGACGAUGAUGUGACAGCACAACUAGCAGCCGCUGGUCCAGUUGGAGUUGCUGCUGCAGCAGCUAUUGCAUCGGCCAAAAAACGUAAACGACCACAUUCAUUUGAAACAAAUCCAUCGAUUCGGAAACGCCAACAAAAUCGACUACUACGGAAAUUGAGGCAAACCAUUUAUGAAUUUGCAACGAGAGUCGGCCAACAGGCAAUUGUUUUGGUGGCCACACCAGGCAAACCAAACACCAGUUACAAAGUUUUCGGAGCCAAACCACUUGAAGAUGUCGUACGUAAUCUCAAAAGUAUCGUAAUGGAAGAAUUGGAAUCGGCAUUAGCUCAACAGGCACCACCGCCCGUUCAAGAGGAUCCAUCACUAUUCGAACUACCACCGCUCAUCAUUGAUGGCAUCCCGACACCGGUCGAGAAAAUGACACAGGCACAAUUGCGCGCAUUCAUCCCAUUGAUGUUAAAGUACUCCACUGGACGCGGUAAACCAGGCUGGGGCAGAGAAUCAACACGACCGGCAUGGUGGCCGAAGGAAUUACCGUGGGCCAAUGUUCGUAUGGAUGCACGCACAGAAGAUGAAAAACAGAAGAUAAGCUGGACACAUGCUUUGCGCAAAAUAGUCAUCAAUUGUUAUAAGUUCCAUGGACGUGAAGAUCUUCUGCCAGCAUUCUCGGAGGAAGAUGAAAAAGCCAAUCAACUUGCCACAUUAAACUCAUCGGUUGCCAGCUCACAUGUUGGCGUUUUGAAGGUGCACCAUUCAGGUGUUACGACAUCAUCGGCGAAUAAUGUUAGCAACACAAUUACAAAACAAAUUCACAUUCAAGCACAACCGACCACGCAAACCAUUACCAAUGCACAGAUUCUUGACUCGAUGCAAAUAAGCGAUGUAGAUUACACACAAGGGUUGUUACAUUCCAUUCAAAAUGCCGAUGGAACAGUUUCGAUCAUACAGGUUGAUCCAAGCAAUCAAAUCAUCACUCUUCCUGAUGGAACUACAGCUCAGGUUCAAGGCAUUGCAACGCUAAGUCAAGGCGAUGGUGGACACGUACAAACAGUACAAAGCAUUGAUGCAGGUCACGAGAAUAUGACAGUCGAUUUGACAGAGGCUACACUCGGACAAGAUGGACAAAUCAUUAUCACCGGGGAAGAUGGUCAAGGUUAUCCGGUGUCUGUGAGUGGAAUGAUAACUCUUCCCGUAUCAUCAUCCGUAUACCAGUCGAUGGUUGCCAAUAUCCAGCAGAUUCACACAAAUAGCGAUGGAACAUUGUGUAUAACACCGAUGCAGGUUGAAAAUGGGGAUGGAUUGGAAACGAUCACCAUGUCGCCGGGCAUGCAUCAAAUGAUGAUCCAAGGUCCGCCAGGAACUGAGCCGCAAGUCGUGCAGGUGCUCAGCUUGAAGGAUGCAGCGGCUUUCACCAAAGUCAUUUCCGGCAUCGAUGUAAAAAGUGAAGGCGGCACAACAAUCAUCGAACACUAAAUGCUCUCAUACACAUAGUUUUGCACACAAACACACAACAAAUAAACGAUAAUUUUGUCGCAUCAUUUUUCAUCCAACCAUUGAACGGGAUAACAGUCGAUUUGUACCAUACGAAAAUUUAAAAGAUAUCAUGAACAGAUUUUUUCCUCCUGCGAUUUCGUGAGUACAUUUUUUUUUCUAAGCAGAAACCAUAUUUGAUAUUAUGUAUGUGGGUUAGGAUUAAAUACGUGUCAGUUCACUACUAAUUUAAGGGCUAAGCAAUUCUUAGUAGCUGAAAAACACACACACUUGUCACAAACUACAUGUAAUAUUGCAUAAUUUAUAUAUAGCAUCUAUUCAGUACACGUACACUUUCUCUUACCGUUUGAGUUUGGUAUUAUCCCAGUUUGUUUUUUUUCUAUCUCUCAACUAAAUGCUAGUCUUUGCGUAUGUUUCUCUAUCAAAGCAUAGGCAAUGUAAGACUUAUUUAAGACGUAAGCAACGAAAUUCCGCAAAAUGGCCAAAUUGAAGGGUUGCUAUCCCAAAAAUUUGUUACAACUGUUCCCCACACCAUUCGAUCAUCCAAAAAAUCACUCAAAAUUUUGGAGGGACAGCUUCGAUUCAAUCGCAUGGGAAUAAUCAUUUCAGGAUUUUUUUCUCAAUUUUCUUCAAAUUAAAACACUGAAAAUGCAUCUUAAAAUAAUUAUUCGCAUGAAUUGAAUCAAUAAUUUAAAAAUUCCCGUUUGGAAAAUUCAAAUCGCUUUUUUGUAAUCAAUAAUUACCAGAAUGCAAAAUUAACGAAUUUUUCUAAUAGCGCAAUUGAUGUAAUUUUCUAACAUUUAAAAUGAAAAAAAAAAACAAAAUGGUUUGCAUAGUGAAUGAAAUCUUAGCUUAAGUAGAUAAAUUUGCGAGCAACAUGUGAACCGCCGGCAUUCAGUGAACGGCGUUCACAUUUUGUUGCACACAGAAUAAACAUCAACGACAAGUUCUUCUUUUCUUUUUCUUUUUGACAAGAACUUACGACAUUUUUCUCUUUCUGUUUUGAAUGCAACUGUAAUUAUGAUAAGAAAAUUAAAUUGGCUCACAAUGAUCUCAAUGGUUUGAAGGAGGUGUUCAAUGGAUUUAGUUCAAAUCUUGAAUGUAAUUAGGAAAAGACACAUUGAAUACUCAAUCAGAAUCUCUACGGUGUACCGGAUUAUAGAUAUUGUAUACAUUUUAAGUAACAUUAAUUAAAUUUUUGUGAAAGAAAUCAUCAUUUGAAAUGUCACACACUUGUCUUUCGGCUACAGCCAGAAAGUGAAUAUUUGCUGCUGAGCAGGCCUGAGCUUAGCUUAAUUUGCUGACUUGGACGCUUAAUGCGGUGAAAUCUUCACUUACGGUGGGAAGAUUUCAUUUCUAGCUGAGAUCCACCUUAAUAUAAUUGAUAAACAACAUGAAUCUCAGAUAGCAAUGACAUCUUCCCACCUUCAGCUCAGCUCAGCAGCAAAUAUGCACUACAACGAAUAGUGACUACAUGAUCAUUCUAUUCGAAAACGAAAGCUUAGACAUUUCAUUUUAAAAUGAACAAUUUUUUUCAAGGAAUCUCUUAAUGGUUUUCGUUUAAACUAAACAUUUUCAUCGCUGAAUAUUUUCACACUAACCUCAUUUAUGUGUUUGCAUGAGACUGAUUUGUCUAUAAAAAAUUAUCCUAAUUUAUUCCAUAACUAAUUUAUUUACGUAAUUUAUUUAAUUAUGAUGGAGCAAUUAUGAAGGAAGUCAAAAUAAUUCUCUGAAUUUUAAUUUUUACAAAUUAAUUCUUUUAAUUUGAGUUUUUAGUUCAAAAAAUUCUCAAUCGAAAACAAUGACGUGAACGUUUUGGUUUCUGUGAUUUUAUAUUUUUUUAUAUUUUACGAAUUGCAAUAGAUUUUUUCGUUACGAAAACGAAUCAAGAAUGAUAUUUAUUCGAGAAAAUCAUGAGAUUAUUUUUUUCAUUUUUUUUUUCAAUUCACGUGAACAUAUUUAUUUUUUCUGUCGAUUUUUAUUUGAAUUAGGUAAAAAAGCAGGUACUCAUUCAGCCUAUUUAUUUAAAUAAUUUGUCGUAAUUUGUCGUGUGACGGAUUUUUUUCCAACCACAAAACUAAUCAGAGUGUAUGUAUUUAUAAAUUUUUCCUUUGCCAUAUAUAAACAUUCCGACACGUAAAAACCAAUUGUAAGAAUCACUCUAAGUAUUUAUUGCAUAGGAAUAAUGUGUAUUUUAAUCCUAUUUAUUAUCAUUAUCAUGGAGACAUCUUGUCAUUUUCUAAUUGUAAGACACAAUUUUUUUUUUCCUUGAAGGGAAUGCGAACUAAAAGUAUAUUUAGCAUAAGACGGAGUGAGUGAAUCGAUCUAGUCAGAAUUGAAAGAGAAGAACGGCGAUGCAUUUUGCGCUGAAAUCUUUCAUUUUUUUUCUUUGUGGUAAAAUGUUUAUGUAAUUUAACUUAAAACAAAAGAAGAAAAAAAACAGUCGUAGUAUCAUAAAUGUCUACUUAGUGCAAUUGAAUAUGAGAUGCAAGAGAUAACAGACAAAAAUAAACUGAUCCAAGAGAUGAGCAGAUAGAUUUUAAUUCCAUUGACCAUGUACUUAUAUUAUAGUUGGUUGAAUUCGAACAUUAAAUUUCCAGAACGAUUGGACGCAAAUUGUGUACAAAAAUAAAAUAAAAAAAGUGACAUUUAAUAAAAAUGAUAAUUUUUAAUCAAAAAAA